AGUUUUUUGGUAUUCUUACCGGAGUCCCUUUAAUUAGACCGGCUGCUGGAAUAGCCCUGGGUCUUUUUGCUGGUCAAAUUUAUACUGAUAUCAACGGCUUGGAAGAUAGACUAGGAGAGAUGGACUUUAAAAUUGCGGGAACUGAGAACGGCAUUUGUUCUUGCCAAUUAGACGUAAAAAAUCAAGGAAUUAAUCACGAAAUAUUCAAAGAAAGUUUAGUCAAAGGCCGCACGGCUCGGCUUGCUAUUUUACAAGAAAUGAAAAAAUAUAUCUACCAGCCGCGGCCAAGUUUGCCGGUUCAGCAAACAGCUAAUAAAUAUUGUGGAGUUCCACUAAAUUUUUUAAAAAAAGAAAAGUCAGUGGUGACUUGGAGAACAAAAACGACCAAAGGUCCAAUUUGGUUUCCGUAUAACAAUUUAAGUAAAAAAAGAGUAUGCCUUCCCCAAUUAAUAGAAUUUUGGGAAAAAGGCUUGGGAGAAAAGAAAUUAAAUUUUCUGGCUAUUGCUGACUAUUAUCCUUACGCUAUCGGUGAAUUUCUUCACCGUUGUAAGGAAAAAAAAAUUAAGCCAGUAUGA